AUGGCCCCUACGUUAAGCUCAGCAAUCACCAUCUCAGCCGUUGGACUUUUCUUCAAAGCUCUCAUCCGUGCUCGAUCGACAUCUUUCGAAGUUCGUAAUCUACCCAUAUUGCUCGAUGCGUUGAACAAGUCGGAUACACCGUCUAUCGUUGGACCUACUCCAGUGGUGGAUCCAAGCAACGCUCGGACGCAUUCAGGGGGAACCAACAUCACCGAGAGGGCGGACGGAGACAGGAGAAUGGUCAUUGGUGAGAGAGAGAAGGUUGGUAUGGUUGAUGUUGAUGUAGGUGCUGAGAGGUUUGGCAAGGGGGAAGGAAGGAGAAGAGGUUUGGUCACUGUGUGUAACCAUAAUUCCGUGUUGGAUGAUCCGGGAAUGUGGGCUUUGAUGCCUUUGUCGAAUUAUUUCCCUUUAUCUUCACCAAAAUGGACAUCACAGCAUACUAGGUGGACAUUAGGUGCAUCCGAUAUAAUGUUCACCAAUUCGUUUUUCUCAAAAUUUUUCACUUUGGGUCAAGUCAUAGAGACUUAUCGUGGUGGAGGGGUGUUCCAACCUGCUGUUGAUCAAGCUGUCAAGCUCCUUCAGAGUGGGGAGUGGGUACAUAUAUUUCCAGAAGGAAGAGUAAACCAACAGAGUAUAAAUCCAUCAGGAGGUUUAUUUCGUUUCAAAUGGGGUGUAGGGAGGAUAAUCAUGGAUUCUACUACACUUCCAGAAAUCAUACCCAUGUGGGUAUCACGAUUCGACACUGUCAUGCCUGAAACUCGAACUUGGCCUCGACUUUUCCCUCGGAAAGGUGGAAAGUUAAGUGUGACCAUAGGUCAACCUAUAACACAUUUGAUUCGACCUCUAGUGGAAGAAUGGCAAAAUGUAUCAAGAUCUUCUUCCGGUCCUUUGGGUAUAGGGGGUGAUUGGAAUCGAGAGAAAGGACUCAUGGCUGGUGGAAGAGAACAAGAGAUCAGAAUACGUAUCACUGCUAUUUUACAAGAACAAGUUGAGAAACUUGGUAGAGAGGUUGAACGACUUGAAGGGAGGUUCGAAAGUGGUGAAUGGUCACAUUCGACCAGUCGACGAUCGUCGUGA